UGAGCCACCGCACCCAGUUGAUAUCCAUUUAAUUCUUAUUUCCUCCUGUGUGACUUGGGGACAUUAAGAGACCUUUCCUCCAAUCUUAGGAUUAAGGCAGACAAGGCACUUAAAGCCCUAGGCAUUGAGUGCUUGGUUCCAGAUGACAAGCCCCUCAGGCCAAUUCAAAGACAGCUGUUGGGUGCACUGAGGCAGGAAAUCCCAGCACCUUGCAGGGCCAGGAAAGCCCAGAGAGGUGGGCCAACAGACCGGAGGCAGUUUGGUGACCCCCCCUUCUCCCCCCUCUUCCCAUGGCCAGACUCAAUGGGGGGUGCCCAGGCAGCAGCCCCAGCCCCUCUACCACCCAGUCUUCAGGACAGCGUCUUGCACACCUCGAGGGCCGGCAGCUCAUUCUUCCACCAUCCCUGCCUUGGCCCCCCAAGCCCUGCGCUCCAACCCCCAGAUCUUGGGUAUGGGGGACAGCAAGGAACCUGCAAAGGACCCAGGGGUGGGCGGGGUAGCUCCACAGGGACCCACAGGCUUGGGGCAUUGGCGGGGAAUUCCACUCCAGCCAGUCUUCUGGGUGCCCGGGAGCCUCCUGGAGGGCAGAGAGGCGGAGCAGUCGUCAGUGGUCAGCCGUGCCCACACACUUCAGAGGCCCACAGCCCGGGAGGUCACAGCAAUGGCAGGUCCCCGGCACCCCGUUUCAGUGCGCGCCGCAGCCCUGGUGCAGAUUAAGCAGCUCCAGACUUUCGCCUUCUCAGUGCACUGGUCAGACGGCAGCGACACUUUUGUGCGCAGAAGCUGGGACGAGUUCAGACAGCUCCAGAAGACCCUGAAAGAGACCUUCCCGGUGGAGGCUGGCCUGCUGCGGAGAUCGGACCGCAUUCUCCCCAAGCUUCCCGAUGCACCGCUGUUGGCGCACGGGGGACGCACGGGCCGAGGCCUGGCCCGCCUGCGGCGGCUGGAGACCUAUUCACGGACACUGCUGGUGACUGCAGAGCGUGUGGCGCAGAGCCCGGCCCUCACCAGCUUCUUUGCACCGCAACCCCUCGACCUGGAGCCCGAAUUGCCACCGGGCAGCCUGGUGAUCCUGCCCGCCCCCGAGGAGCCCCUAUCCCGCCCCGCCAGCAGCCUCGCCAUCCACAGCCUGGAGACUCAGAGCCUGCGCUGCCUGCAGCCCUUCAGCACCCAGGACACGCGGGGCAGGUCUUUCCACGUGCAGGCCCAGGAAAGCCUGGACGUGCUGCUGCGACACCCCUCAGGCUGGUGGCUGGUGGAGAAUGAGGACCAGCAGACAGCCUGGUUUCCAGCUCCCUACCUGGAGGAGGUGGCCCUAGGCCAGGGCCCAGACGGGGUGCCAUCCAUGGGGAGCAGCGGCCCCCAGUUCUGUGCUUCCCGCACCUACGAGAGCAGCCGCGCAGAUGAACUGUCGGUGCCUGCGGGGGCGUGUGUGCAUGUGCUGGAAACGUCCGACCUCGGCUGGUGGCUGUGCAGGUAUGGUGGCCGUACGGGACUCCUCCCCGCAGUGCUGCUGCAGCCGGAAGGGCUGGGCGCGCUCCUCCGUGGGCCCGGGUUCCGUGGUGGGGAGGACAGAGCUGGUGAGGCCCGCGGCUCCCCUGACGCCCCCCAGGCCAGGACCCCUGCCCCUACCGUGCCUACCCGACCCCAGCUGAGUGCCAUCCAGAGCCGCUGCUGCACCAUCACCCGCAGGGCACUGGGACGGCACCUAGGGCCCCAGGGCUCCCCUUGAGGACUGUGGAACCACGGGGCGGGGGCCUGCGCUGCGCACGCCACAACCCCUGUGGGCCAAGGAUCGGCAGGAUGACUGCCCCUGUCCUGACUGUCCCUGUCCGUGGCUGCACCAUCCCCAGCACCGGGGUAGUCGCUGGCUAGGGGACGAGUUCCCAUUUCCUCUGAGUAAAACUCUCUUAAUGACCCAAA